AUGAAUUUCUUUUGGUGCUUUGGGGUUGAUAAUUAAACUAUAUCAGAUUGCACUUCUUAAUUAUACUUUUCGAAUAAUGCUUAUAGUCCAUACUAAAUUCUUGAAGAUAUGAAGGACCCAAAACUGGAAAAUUUAUAAUUAACACUUUAUGGUGAAGAAAAUUAUUCUCUAGCCAGAAAUACAUAACUAAAUGUUAUUUCUCAAGACAACUCUAUUUCAAAGAGUUUACCUAUUGAAGUGUUAUAAAUGAUUGUCUAGAAAUCAAAAAAUAUUGGAGAAAGACUACAAGUAUUUAUACCUUAAUCAAAUGAUGUAUAACUACUUAAGUAUUUCAUUUAAUAACCAAAAUUCAAAAUUUACACUUUGGAAGAUAACCAAGAAUAUUUAAACAUACUUAAAUAAUAGAAAAUAUUUAAAUAAUUGUAAUAUAUAUCACAAGAUUUUAACAAUAGCUUUGAUUUAAUAAUAUUUAAUUGUUCUUCUUCAUAAGAAAGAAUUUUUUCAUUUUUCUAAAAUUAUUAGAUGAAUUCCUUCAAUAAUAAAGUAUUUAUUUUAGAUUAUUGCAAAAAUAUUAAGAAUAUUAUCAGUUAAAUAAUGAAAGAUUAAGAAACCUAAAAAGAAGAAUUAAUGAAAAUUAGUAUAAAUGGUUAUUUUAGAUAUUAUUUAUUUUUUACUGGGAAAAUGAGUUCAACCCAGAAUUGUUCAAGACUAAAAUCCAUAGAAGCAAUUUUACUAUAAGAUUAUGAAUCCCAAACCAAUUAUUAAACUCUUAUAAAAUAAAUGUUUAAAUAUCUUAAAUCAUAAAAUAUCCCAUAUUCAGAAAUUUUAAAGAUCAUUGGAAAAAUAUAAUAAGAAAAUCAUGAUGAAUUGAAAAAAUAAUAAUCGGACACUAUGCUUUAGAGAUUUUUAAGCAAAAUUAUAGGUAACAAGAAUAUUGAUAAAUCUAAAAUUUUUGAAAUUUUUUAAUCUGUAUAUCGCGCUGGCUAGUUCACAAUAACUCCAUCUCAAGAAUAAUUUUCUAAUAAUUAAAUAGAUUCGUAUAAAUGUGCUAUAUUGUAAAAUAAUAGUAGGAUGAAAGAUGAUAUAUGA